AUGAAGAUGGAGAUGGAGAAAGUGGACAGAAUGGAGGACAUUUGGGAGGGGAAAUCUACAGCCGUGGCUCCUCUACCCACCCUGUUCCUGGUGGCUCUGGUGGGCCGACUUGUGGCCCAGGCUCUGGACUGCCACGUGUGUGCCUACAGUGGGGAGAACUGCUUCAAGCCCAUGUGCUGCCUGGCCGUGGUCACCUACGGCACAACUACACAGACUUACUACACCCCAGUCAGGAUGAAGGUGAGCAAGCCUUGUGUGCCCAGCUGCUUUGAGACCAUAUACAAUGGCUGCUCCAAGCUCAUACGCACCACAUCCUGCUGCCAGCACAACCUCUGUAAUGGCUCUGGCCUCUUGGCUCCCUGGCCCCUGGCCCUGGUCCUCAUACUCCUGGUCACCCUCGGGAGUCUGCUGUAA